AUGGCUGGAGGAAAUAUACGGCAGCCGCAAAGUCCCCCUCCCUGUGUUUACUGUGGUUUAAACAGUCAUCGUAGCAGUGACUGUACCAAGGUUUUAGACAUUGCCCGUAGACGGGAAUAUUUAGCAAGAAACAAGUUAUGUUAUAACUGCGCAAGGUGUGGGCAUCUAGCUUCCAAAUGUAAAGGACGAGGGUGUGGCAAAUGUAAUGGAAGAUACCAUACCUCUGUAUGUGACAAGAUGAAGACGACACUCCCGCCCACCCACAAGGGUACCCCUGAGUCAUCGGGUCGGUCUGACAGGUAUUAUGGUGCAAUGGAUUCUCAAAACAUGUGUACUUUGCAUGCAACUGUAAUUGCUAAAGUUGGAGGAGUACAAGCUCGAAUCAUGUUGGACAGUGGAGCUGGAAGCUCCUACAUCAGCUCAAGUUUGCUUACAGAACUGAACCUGAAGCCAUACCGAACUAAAAGGAGGGUCAUAGAACAAAUGUAUGGGACAGUGGAAAAACUUGUUGAGAUAUACAAGGUCCGCGUUGAAUCAAACGCCAUCGAGGGCUUUGAGCUUGAGCUACGUUGCAUAAAUGCAGAGAAACCCGUGUUAACUCACAUCCCUAACCCAAGAAUCUCGGAGUUAAAGAAGGCCAACUACCGCAUAGGACACAACACUUCAGUGAAGAAAUGGUGA